AGGAAGCUGCCACAGAAGCCUAUGUCAUUGUCGAAUAUUGUUCACGAUGAGAACCAAAGUUGCGCUAUCCUUUUUCCUGCUCAUAUGUGUGGCUUCUGUUGCCGGCUUUAACUCAAGAAGGCUGCUCGGGGGAACAAACGAUCUUCGUGAUCAUGCUGAGGACACCGAUUCUACUCGACAAAGAAGAGGCACUGGUCAAGAUAUAGUGGGAGGGGUUGAACUGGAGAGGAGAGACGAUGAUACAAGUGAUACCGACGACGAUGAUCGUAGAAAAAGAGAAGAAGACACCGAUGAUACCGAUGAUACUGAUGAUACCGACGACGAUGAUCGUAAAAAAAGAGAAGAAGACACCGACGAUACCGACGACGAUGAGCGUAGGAAGAGAGAAGAAGACACCGAUGAUACUGAUGAUACCGACGACGAUGAGCGUAGGAAGAGAGAAGAAGACACCGAUGAUGACGAUGAUACCGACGACGAUGAGCGUAGGAAGAGAGAAGAAGACACCGAUGGUGACGAUGAUACCGACGACGAUGAGCGAAGGAAGAGAGAAGAAGACACCGAUGAUACUGAUGAUACCGACGACGAUGAGCGUAGGAAGAGAGAAGAAGACACCGAUGAUGACGAUGAUACCGACGACGAUGAGCGUAGGAAGAGAGAAGAAGACACCGAUGAUACUGAUGAUACCGACGACGAUGAGCGUAGGAAGAGAGAAGAAGACACCGAUGAUGACGAUGAUACCGACGACGAUGGGCGUAGGAAGAGAGAAGAAGACACCGAUGAUGACGAUGAUACCGACGACGAUGAGCGUAGGAAGAGAGAAGAAGACACCGAUGGUGACGAUGAUACCGACGACGAUGAGCGAAGGAAGAGAGAAGAAGACACCGAUGAUACUGAUGAUACCGACGACGAUGAGCGUAGGAAGAGAGAAGAAGACACCGAUGAUGACGAUGAUACCGACGACGAUGAGCGUAGGAAGAGAGAAGAAGACACCGAUGGUGACGAUGAUACCGACGACGAUGAGCGUAGGAAGAGAGAAGAAGACACCGAUGAUGACGAUGAUACCGACGACGAUGAGCGUAGGAAGAGAGAAGAAGACACCGAUGAUGACGAUGAUACCGACGACGAUGAGCGUAGGAAGAGAGAAGAAGACACCGAUGAUACUGAUGAUACAGACCACGAUGAGCGUAGGAAGAGAGAAGAAGACACCGAUGAUGACGAUGAUACCGACGACGAUGAGCGUAGGAAGAGAGAAGAAGACACCGAUGAUGACGAUGAUACCGACGACGAUGAGCGUAGGAAGAGAGAAGAAGACACCGAUGAUACUGAUGAUACCGACGACGAUGAGCGUAGGAAGAGAGAAGAAGACACCGAUGAUGACGAUGAAACCGACGACGAUGAGCGUAGGAAGAGAGAAGAAGACACUGAUGAUGACGAUGAUACCGACGACGAUGAGCGUAGGAAGAGAGAAGAAGACACCGAUGAUGACGAUGAUACCGACGACGAUGAGCGUAGGAAGAGAGAAGAAGACACCGAUGAUGACGAUGAUACCGACGACGAUGAGCGUAGGAAGAGAGAAGAAGACACCGAUGGUGACGAUGAUACCGACGACGAUGAGCGUAGGAAGAGAGAAGAAGACACCGAUGAUGACGAUGAUACCGACGACGAUGAGCGUAGGAAGAGAGAAGAAGACACCGAUGAUGACGAUGAUACCGACGACGAUGAGCGUAGGAAGAGAGAAGAAGACACCGAUGAUACUGAUGAUACCGACGACGAUGAGCGUAGGAAGAGAGAAGAAGACACCGAUGAUGACGAUGAUACCGACGACGAUGAGCGUAGGAAGAGAGAAGAAGACACCGAUGAUGACGAUGAUACCGACGACGAUGAGCGUAGGAAGAGAGAAGAAGACACCGAUGAUGACGAUGAUACCGACGACGAUGAGCGUAGGAAGAGAGAAGAAGACACCGAUGAUACUGAUGAUACCGACGACGAUGAGCGUAGGAAGAGAGAAGAAGGCACCGAUGAUGACGAUGAUACCGACGACGAUGAGCGUAGGAAGAGAGAAGAAGACACCGAUGAUGACGAUGAUACCGACGACGAUGAGCGUAGGAAGAGAGAAGAAGACACUGAUGAUACCGACGACGAUGAUCGUAGGAGAGAAGAAAAUGAACGUAGAUAAUAUGGGCAUGAAAACUGUCAUUACAAACUCAAAACAGUAUUGCAAUUGAUAACAUUCAACCGUAAACUGACAAAGUUGAGGGAAACAUUCAACCAUACAAUUGAUAAACUUUAUUUUCAGCGGGCGUAAAGGGAGCAAGAAUAAACACGGGUUCUAUAAAUGUAUAAAUGCCCAAUGAUCAUUUGGAAUCACCGCAAUCGGAACAACAGUGUUUAUAUUAUUUUAUAUUUUCAUUUUCCGGGGUUCGUAAUAUGGAAAGGGUUAUUCUACAAAGUAAAUGAAGUAUUUGGUGGAACCCAAAACAAGGGGGAAAUAACUUUUUCUCUCGACAUAAGCCACAGUAC